AUAUAUAUAUCUUAUAUACGUCAACCAAGAAUUGAGGUAUAUUCUUUCUCUCUCAAAACGAAUUGUUCUCUUUUUCUUUCUCUCUCUCCUCCUUUCAACAUAGAUAAGGAAGAGAAGAGAGAAAAAACGACCCUUGUUGCGGCUCCUAAUCAAAACAAACAAACAUGGCAAAAGACGGAGACACCAUUGAGAUGAUAAACGUAAACAGACCUUCUUCUAAACCUUCGUCGUUGAAGUUUCCGUUGAGCUUUUUCGAAGCUACAGUGGCUUCAACGGUGGCGUUGAGCUUUAUCGUCGGUCUUCUCGGUGUUUACCUCACCCUGCCCGAUUCCGAUUACAGCUUCCUUAAACGCCCUCGUAGCCUCCAUGAUCUUCAACUUUUACGAGAUAACCUUGAGACCUAUACAAGUGAUUACACUGCACAAGUCUUGGUGGGAUACUGCGUGGUUUAUAUAUUCAUGCAGACUUUCAUGAUUCCGGGGACUGUGUUCAUGUCAUUGCUUGCCGGAGCACUUUUUGGCGUCGUUAAAGGUGUGGCUCUGGUUGUAUUCACUGCCACGGCGGGAGCUUCUUCGUGUUUUUUCCUGUCAAAAAUUAUUGGUCGACCCAUUCUCUUUUGUCUAUGGCCAGACAAGUUGAAGUUCUUUCAAACCCAGGUGGCUAAAAGAAGAAAGAGUUUGUUGAACUACAUGCUUUUUCUUAGACUGACUCCGACACUUCCUAACACGUUUAUUAAUUUCGCGUCACCGAUUGUGGAUGUUCCUUAUCAUAUUUUCUUCCUUGGAACUGUCAUUGGACUCAUACCUGCUGCUUAUGUCACUGUCAGGGCUGGGUUAGCUCUUGGGGAACUGCAAUCAAUUGGAGAUCUGUAUGAUUUCAACUCAAUUGCGACAUUGUUCCUCAUAGGCAUAGUUUCAGUCACACCGACACUAAUGGGCAAGAGUGAUUCAUAACAGUUCAGAAACCAUGUUUAUGAAAGGCUUUGUUCUCCCAACAGGCCAAUACCAACUCCAGUUUGUGUACAGAAUCUUCAGAAAAGUAUUGCUACCAGGUUCUCCACCAAUGUUUUCAUUGCCAAGUGCUGCAGUAAUUCAAGACAAUCCUAUUAUUGAUGCCGGUGGCAAGAAACGAGGUUUGGAAGAAUCCAUUUAUGCCCAUUGCUCAUAAGUUAUGUAUAAAACAUACGCUUAUUGACUAGUUAGUUGUUCAUUUUAUUUCGUGUUUACGAUUCAUAAGAAUUUAGUUCAUUCAAAGUGUCCUUAUAUUUCCUUUCUCUAGGAUUCAUAUCAGUUCUUAUUUCAUUUUCAUUGUACAAAUAUCAUAUUGUUGAAUGUUUCAUAUCAGAAAAUAGUAAGGGAAUGUUUUAAAGUAAA